GAGCCGGCUUACUGUGUGAACCAUAGGCUUUUUUUUUAUUAGUGUCGAGCGGUACGGGUUCGUUUAGUACCACACGCGGCGCCAAAAUUUUCAAGUGCGACGGGAAUAAAAACAUGUUGGAAAAUUGUGACGCGCCGGUACCAGUGUUUCUGGCUCUGGAAAAUGGGGUCGUUCUGCCAGGAAAAUCGUUUGGAGCCAUAAAGGAAACAGACGGAGAAGUCGUCUUUCAGACUGGCAUGGUAGGAUAUCCAGAGUCGCUUACUGAUCCAAGUUACCACUCCCAGCUCUUAAUUCUUACCUACCCUAUCAUUGGAAACUACGGUGUUCCAGGAGAACAACUAGAUGAGCAUGGAUUGCCAUAUUUUUUUGAAUCAGACCGUAUUUGGGCAGCUGGUCUUAUCGUGGGUGAACACUGUGAUAAGCCAAGCCAUUGGCGUAACGCGAAAACUUUAUCCAAAUGGAUGGAGGAUCAAAACAUUCCAGGAAUACAGGGCAUCGAUACGAGAAACUUAACUAAGAUCAUAAGAGAAAAAGGAUCCAUGCUGGGAAAGCUAAUGUAUACUCUACCCAUUCCAAUAGAUUCUCUUUCAUUCUCUGAUCCAAAUUUAAAUAAUUUGGUCGCAGAAGUCUCAAUAAAGAAAACAGUUACGUACAACCCAACUGGUUCGCCAAGAAUCUGUGCGGUAGACUGUGGACUCAAAUACAACCAGAUCCGUUGCUUCCUCAACCGAGGAGCGAGAGUAGACAUAGUACCAUGGGACCACAAAUUGAAUGUAGAAGAAUACGAUGGUUUGUUUUUGAGCAACGGCCCUGGCAACCCAGAAAUGUGCAAGAAAACCAUUGACCAUAUUAAAACAGUAUUAAACUGUAGCCAGAAGAAACCGAUAUUUGGUAUAUGUUUAGGACAUCAAUUGUUGUCUAUGGCGAUUGGAUGCAAAACCUUCAAAAUGAAGUAUGGUAACCGAGGUCACAAUCAACCUUGUAUUCACCACGGUACCGGCCGUUGCUACAUGACGUCCCAAAAUCACGGAUUUGCCAUUGAUACUAAGAGUCUCCCUAAUGACUGGGAACCACUUUUUACCAAUGCCAACGACCAAACAAGUGAAGGCAUUGUCCAUAAACACUCGCCAUUUUUCAGCGUCCAGUUCCAUCCAGAACAUAUGGCUGGACCACAAGAUCUGGAAUGUCUUUUCGACGUGUUUUUGGAUGCUGUGAAAGAUGGUCCAAAGUCCACCAACAGCGUUAAACAAAUGUUAACUAAUCAGUUGAAGUUUGUUAGUGCAGCACCAAUGUUAAAAGAAGUGCCUCAAAAGAUAUUAAUACUUGGUUCCGGAGGGCUGUCUAUUGGACAAGCUGGUGAAUUUGAUUAUUCAGGCUCUCAAGCUAUAAAAGCAUUAAAAGAAGAAAACAUCCAAACUCUUUUAAUUAAUCCAAAUAUUGCAACAGUACAAACAUCAAAAGGACUUGCCGACAAAGUAUAUUUUCUUCCACUAGUUCCAGAAUAUGUUGAGCAAGUGAUCCGUUCAGAGCGCCCUGGAGGUGUUCUUCUAACUUUUGGAGGGCAAACUGGACUCAAUUGCGGGGUAGAGCUUCAAAAAAUGGGUGUAUUCGAUAAAUACAAUUGCAAAAUCCUUGGCACUCCUAUUCAGGCUGUUAUCGAUACUGAAGACAGAAAAGUUUUCAGUGAAAGGGUUGCAGAAAUAGAAGAAAAAGUUGCACCAAGUAUGGCAGUAUAUUCAGUUGAUGAAGCUUUAAGUGCUGCAGAGAAUUUGGGGUAUCCUGUUAUGGCACGUGCAGCUUUUUCACUGGGAGGAUUAGGAUCAGGUUUUGCAAACUCAAAAGAAGAGCUUAUAGCUUUGGCUACUCAGGCCCUUGCUCACUCUAGCCAACUAAUCAUUGACAAGUCUCUAAAAGGAUGGAAAGAAGUUGAAUAUGAAGUAGUCCGUGAUGCAUUUGAUAAUUGCAUCACUGUUUGUAAUAUGGAAAAUGUGGAUCCUUUGGGAAUUCACACUGGAGAAUCCAUUGUUGUAGCUCCUAGUCAAACGUUAUCAAAUAGGGAAUAUAAUAUGCUCAGAACUACCGCUAUAAAGGUCAUCAGGCACUUUGGCAUUGUAGGAGAGUGCAAUAUUCAAUACGCCUUAAAUCCUUAUUCUGAAGAAUACUUUAUUAUUGAAGUGAAUGCCAGGCUAUCCAGAAGUUCAGCUUUGGCUAGCAAAGCAACUGGAUAUCCUCUAGCUUAUGUAGCUGCUAAAUUAGCUCUGGGGAUUGCUUUGCCGGAUAUUAAAAACUCAGUCACAGGCGUUACCACUGCAUGUUUUGAACCUAGUUUGGAUUAUUGCGUGGUUAAAAUACCUCGUUGGGAUUUGCAUAAAUUCUCCAGAGUCAGUACAAAAAUUGGAAGUUCAAUGAAGAGUGUUGGCGAAGUUAUGGCUAUUGGAAGGAAGUUCGAGGAAGCUCUUCAGAAAGCUUUAAGGAUGGUGGAUGAGAAUUUUCCUGGUUUUGACCCAUACUUUAAUCGGGUUGAUGAUGCUGAAUUAAUGGAACCAACAGACAAAAGAAUGUUCGUUAUCGCAGCAGCCUUAAAGCAAGGUUAUUCUGUUGAAAAAUUAUAUGACCUCACAAAAAUCGACAGAUGGUUCUUACAAAAAAUGAAGCACAUUGUUGACUAUAAUUCUCUAAUGGAAACCAUUGAAUGGUAUAAUUUUACCAGUGAAAAUCUUCUUGAAGCCAAACAAUUGGGUUUUUCUGAUAAGCAGAUUGCAACUGCUGCUAAAAGUACUGAGAUUGCUAUAAGACAUAAACGUGAAGGAUUUAAUAUAAGGCCAUUUGUUAAGCAAAUUGAUACUGUGGCAGCUGAAUGGCCGGCAACAACAAAUUAUUUAUAUUUGACCUAUAAUGCCACACAUCAUGAUUUAAAUUUUAAUGAACAACAUAUUAUGGUGAUUGGCUCGGGGGUUUACAGAAUAGGAAGUUCAGUAGAAUUCGAUUGGUGUGCGGUCGGUUGCCUCAGAGAGUUACGUCGAUUAGGCAAAAAGACCAUCAUGGUAAACUACAACCCCGAAACUGUUAGUACCGAUUAUGAUAUAUCAGACAGAUUAUAUUUUGAAGAAAUAACUUUUGAAGUUGUAAUGGAUAUUUACAACCUAGAAAAUCCCGAAGGCAUUAUUUUAUCCAUGGGAGGGCAGUUGCCAAACAAUAUAGCCAUGGAUCUUCAUAGACAACAGGCUAGAAUAUUGGGGACCUCUCCUGAUAGUGUUGAUGGUGCAGAAAAUCGCUUUAAAUUUUCCAGAAUGCUGGAUAGGAUUGGAAUAAUGCAACCCAGAUGGAAAGAAUUAACAAACCUGAAAGCAGCCUUUGAAUUUUGUGAAGAAGUCGGCUAUCCUUGUCUUGUGAGACCUUCAUAUGUUCUUAGUGGUGCAGCAAUGAAUGUUGCUCACUCUAAUCAAGAUUUGAAAACUUAUUUAAAUGCUGCGAGCGACGUCAGUAAAGAACACCCUGUUGUUAUUUCAAAAUUCAUUUUGGACUCCAAAGAAAUUGAUGUAGAUGCUGUGGCGUGUGAUGGUAUAAUCUUAUGUAUGGCUGUAUCAGAGCAUGUUGAAAAUGCUGGUGUACAUUCAGGAGACGCUACUUUAGUAACACCGCCACAAGACAUCAAUGAAGAAACUUUAAUUAAAAUCAUGUACAUAAGCAAAUCUAUUGCAGCUUCACUGGAAGUAACUGGACCCUUCAAUAUGCAAUUGAUUGCGAAAGAUAAUUAUUUAAAAGUUAUUGAAUGUAAUGUUAGAGUUUCUAGAUCAUUCCCAUUUGUUUCUAAGACACUUGAUCAUGAUUUUGUUGCGAUGGCCACUAGGGUAAUUGUGGGAGAACCUGUAGAACCUGUAAAUAUAUUGGGAGGUUGUGGUAGAGUAGGAGUUAAAGUACCCCAGUUCUCAUUCUCUAGAUUGGCUGGUGCCGAUUUUAUGUUGGGAGUUGAAAUGGCUUCUACAGGAGAAGUUGCAUGUUUUGGAGAUAAUAGGUAUGAGGCCUACCUUAAAGCCCUGAUGAGUACUGGAUUUAGUAUACCGAAGAAGUCGAUUUUAUUGUCGGUUGGAAGUUUUAAGCACAAAAUGGAAUUAUUGCCGUGCAUGAAGAUUUUGAAAAGUUUGGGGUACAAUCUCUUUGCCAGUUUGGGUACUGCCGAUUUUUAUACAGAGCAUGGAGUAAAGGUUCAAUCUGUCGAAUGGACAUUCGAAAACAUCGACGAUAUGGCGGAGAACGAGAGCGAGCUGAAACAUUUGGCUGAAUUCUUAUCCAAGAAACAAUUUGAGCUAGUAAUUAAUAUACCAAUGAGAAACGGUGGAGCUAGGAGAGUAUCAUCUUUCAUGACCCAUGGAUAUAGAACUAGGAGAUUGGCUAUUGAUUAUUCCAUUCCACUGAUUACCGAUGUAAAAUGUACCAAACUAUUAGUUGAGGCUUUACGUCUAAUUGGUCGAGCUCCCCCGAUGAAAACUCACACUGAUUGCAUAAGCUCAAGAAACUUGGUUAGACUUCCUGGAUUUAUUGAUGCUCACGUUCACGUGAGAGAACCUGGAGCAACACAUAAGGAAGAUUACGCAUCGUGCACCGCUGCUGCUUUAGCAGGAGGCGUGACUAUGAUUUUAGCAAUGCCAAACACAAAUCCGGCCGUCGUUGACGAAGAAGCAUUUUUGCUGGUUAAAAAAUUGGCAAAAGAAGGAGCUAGGUGUGAUUAUGCGAUAUUUGUGGGUGCUUCCUCUGAGAAUACGGCAUCAAUUUGUGAGUUAGCUAAUGAGGCGGCAGGUCUAAAAAUGUAUCUCAAUGAAACCUUCACCACACUUCGUCUUGAUGACCUUAAUCUGUGGGAUAAACAUUUGACUAACUGGCCUAAAAGAGCACCAUUGUGUGUUCACGCCGAAAGCCAAACAACUGCUGCUAUUAUUUUAAUGGCAAGUUUAGCAAACAGGCCCGUUCAUAUUUGUCACGUAGCAAGGAAAGAAGAAAUUUUAAUAAUCAAAGCUGCAAAGGAGAAAGGUCUAAAAAUUACCUGUGAAGUUUGCCCACAUCAUCUGUUCUUAUCUACCAAUGAUAUAGGAAAACUCGGUCUUCGAAAAAGUCAAGUAAGGCCGGUUCUUGUCUCCUUAGAAGAUCAGCAAGCUUUAUGGGACAACAUAAACGUUAUUGAUUGUUUUGCAACAGAUCACGCACCACACACACUUGAAGAAAAAGUGAGCGAAACCGCACCUCCUGGAUUUCCGGGCCUUGAAACAAUUCUUCCCCUACUCCUAAACGCAGUUAAUGAAGGACGUCUAACCAUGGAAGACAUUACUAACAAGUUCUAUAAAAAUCCAAAGAAAAUCUUCAAUUUACCAGAUCAACCAAAUACUUAUGUUGAAGUUGAUAUGGACGAAGAAUGGAUCAUUCCUGAAUCAAUGACUUAUAGUAAGUCGAAAUGGACACCGUUUGCCGGUAAAAAAGUCAAAGGUGCAGUUCAUAGAGUUAUAUUAAGGGGAGAAGUAGCAUAUGUUGAUGGCCAAAUUUUGGUUCAGCCAGGUUAUGGACAAAAUGUUCGAGAAUUGGACAAGAGGUUGAUUUCUAGCCAUUCAACAUCAGUAAAUGAAAUUAGACCACCUUCUGUUAUGGACCGUUCAGUGUCUCCACUACUACAUCUGAUGGAAAAAAUCGAAAAUGAAAUUGAUCAACCCACGAACGAGAUGUUUUAUAAUUUACUGGAUCCAAAGUACUUCAAAGCUUCGUCUCUUGAAACUCGUUUCAGGACACAGGUUCACUUCGCCAACGAUCUCCAUUUGGACCGCCAAAAUAUGAUUUCCCCGGUGCAUCCGAUUUCAAUUCCGGCCCGAUUGAGAAGCGAAAGUUUUUCAAACCAAGAACGUUCCAAAGCAAAGGGAGAUGGUCACCAGCCACAUCUUAUAGUUUCAGCAGAAAUUCUUCCGCAUCCAGACCAUGGUUUAAUAGGAAAACAUGUGCUCAGUGUCGAUAUAUUUUCCAAGGAACAGCUGAAUUAUAUUUUCGGCUUGGCACAAACGUUUAGAGUCUUUGUCUCCAAAGACAGAACUUUAGACCACGUCCUCCGUGGAAAAGUCAUGGCCGCUAUGUUUUAUGAAGUUAGCACUAGAACUUGCUGUAGUUUUUCAGCUGCCAUGCAAAGACUUGGUGGUCGUGUAUUAUACAUGAAUGAGAUAAGUUCUUCAGUAAAAAAAGGGGAAUCUUUGGCAGAUUCAAUCAGUACUAUGGCUGCUUAUGCGGAUGUUAUUGUUCUGAGACAUCCUCAACCCGGAUCAGUAUCCAAAGCAUCACAACACUGUAGAAAGCCUCUUCUGAAUGCUGGCGAUGGAAUAGGAGAACACCCAACCCAGGCUGUUCUAGAUAUUUUCACUAUCCGCGAGGAAAUUGGUACUGUAAAUGGUAUUGUCAUUACAUUAGUAGGAGACCUGAAAAAUGGACGUACGGUACAUUCACUUGCUAAAUUACUAGCUUUAUACAACGUCAAUCUGAGAUACGUCAGUCCUGCCAAUCUGAAAAUGCCAGAACAUAUUACGAAGCUUCUGACUGAAAAAGGAAUUAAUCAACAAGAGUUCAACUCUUUGGAAGAAGUUUUGCCUGAUACUGAUGUGCUUUACAUGACCAGGAUUCAGAGGGAAAGGUUUGAUUCACAAGAAGAAUACGAGAAGGCCUGCGGCCAUUUCGUUGUCACUCCCCAACUAAUGACCAGAGCCAAGAGGAAGAUGGUAGUGAUGCACCCCUUACCAAGGCUUUCCGAAAUAAGUUCGGAAUUCGAUAGCGAUCCCAGAGCGGCUUACUUCAGACAAGUCGAGUACGGAAUGUUCGUACGCAUGGCAAUUUUAACAAUGGUCCUUGGUCGAUGUUAAAAGAUAUUCUUUAUAUCGGUUGAAGAUGUUAUUGAAAUUAUAUAGGUAUAUAAAAUUUUAUUGGGAAAGUUUUGAU